CGGCCGAACUAGCGCGCCACCUGUAAACGCUCAAGCGCUCAUAGAGUAGAAUUCAAAUUGACAAACCACUGCUAUCUGUUGGCUAUCUACGAAGUUUCUAUUCUUGCAAAAAUAUUUUACCCAUGUCUGACGCUGGGGCUCUCCACUCUGACUCCGCCUCUCGUGGAAUCGCAGAGGAUCUAGCGAGAGCAUCCGACGCCCUCGAAAACAUGCAGGCUUCCGGCGAAUUGGCUCCUGUAGUCACUGUUGCUCCUGCUUCACCGAAUGUUCCUCCUGCUCUGUUCGGCGCUGGAGGGCCAAUGCUCAAACGCUUCGACGAAUCGACCGUAGCAAGCAGAAAAGGAUCUAAUGCACCAUCUCCGCCUCCGUCUGUGAAGGGUAUAGGGAAGAAAGUUGCUAAACCGGACUACUCAGAACAAAAGAUCGUCGUGGCGAUGGUCGGGCUACCUGCUCGAGGCAAGUCAUAUCUCAGCAACAAGCUCAUGAUAUAUCUACGAUGGCUCGAAUACGACGUCAAGGUAUUCAACGUUGGACAAUUGCGACGGACCAAAGCCAGGCAGAAGGCUCAGAAAUUAGGCGUCAAAGAGAAUCACACUGCAGAGUUUUUCAGUCACAGUAAUGCUCAAGCAACGCAAAGUCGCGAUAAGCUUGCGGAAGAAAGUUUAGAGAUGCUCAUCCAGUGGUUAAAGGAAGGAGGAAACGUUGGAAUUCAUGAUGCUACAAACAGCACCAAAGACCGAAGGGCAAAGAUCGAGGCACGCCUGGCCAAGGAGAAGGGCAUGACCCUCAUCUUCCUGGAAUCUUUUUGCGACGAUCCAGCAACGAUCGCUGCGAAUGUCGAGCUCAAAGUCAGCCAAGGUGAUCCUGACUACAAAGACAUGUCCCCCGAUGAGGCACGGAAAGAUUUUUUGCGCCGAAUCAGCGAGUACGAAAAAGUCUACGAAACGAUCACCGAGCCGCACCUAUCGUACCUGCGCAUUAAGAAUGUCGGAGAGGAAGUCACGAUGUCCCGUAUCAAUGGAUACCUUUCCAGUCGGAUCGCUUUCUACCUCAUGAACUUGCACAUUCGCCCGAGAAAUAUCUUUUUCUCAAGGCACGGGGAGAGUCAGUAUAAUGUGGAAGGCAAGAUUGGUGGAGAUUCAUUAUUGUCAUCUCGUGGAAUGCAGUAUGCGAAAGCGCUUCCUGCUUUAAUCACCGACAAUAUUGGGGAGAAACCAUUGACUGUCUGGACUUCCACCCUCAAGCGAACCAUUCAAACUGCCCAGUACCUUCCUUAUACGAAGCUCACUUGGAAAUCUCUAGAUGAGCUCGAUGCGGGUGUUUGUGACGGCAUGACGUACGAAGAAAUCGAGCAAGCAUAUCCUGAUGAUUACGCCAAUCGUGACGAGGACAAGUUUAACUAUAGGUAUCGUGGGGGAGAGUCCUAUCGCGACGUCGUGGUUCGCUUGGAGCCUGUCAUUAUGGAAUUGGAAAGACAAGAAAAUAUCUUAAUCAUCGGGCAUCAAGCUAUUCUGCGCUGUUUAUAUGCAUACUUCCACCACCUUCCUCAAACCGAUCUACCAUACAUCAAGAUACCUCUUCACACUGUCAUUAAACUUACACCGAAGGCAUAUGGCUGUGACGAGGAGCGAUAUACCCUUCCUAUCAAUGCCGUGGACACUCACAGGCCCAAGCCAAAGGCGGCGAAACAACCUUCAACUCAUUCCACAACUCAGAGACAGUAUUUUGUAGAAGAAGAGAUAAAGCCACUAGCGUAGUACGACAGCAACGCCUGACUCACACCUUUGGCUUGAAUGGGUUCGCUGUUCGAUCCCAAUCUAUAGAGAAUCUAUCGAGGGACUUCCAGGAAGGUUAUCUGACUUAAUUAUAUUGUAAACAUCUAUAAUGCACUAAUGAAUGACGGACAGACCAGUCCAAGUGCGUGUAGUAACGACCGUAAAAUGAUUCCACAAGCUCAAAAAUCGUUUCCUGCAAAGUUUAGUAGAAUCACUUCAUGUACUUUUAGCCCUUGCGUAUGGUAUGAGAUCGUUUGUCAUUUUCA